AUGGACGGAGUGUACCGCCUGUUCUGUGGAUGCUGCGGACUGGCCGGCGGCGAUCCGGAGCCGCCGUACUCACAGCUCCGCCACGACUCGGUGACGCCGAUUCGCGAUCCACCUCUUCAACAAACAAAUCGACACGGCGCCAAUGGACAGCAUUCACAAAUGCAGCAGUAUCUCAAUCAGCAGCAACAGCAUCAGCAGUAUCCGCCAUACGCGCUUCAGGAGCAAGGAUUCGUCAAUCCGGUCCACGAAUUAACUCGUGACGAGGCGGACGGUCCGAACUACCAGCACUCGGAUUCGGGAACGCCACGCUCCGGGCUGGAAGAUGAGGUUGAGGACGAGAAUCGUGAACGCGAGCAGCUCGACAACAUUGUGGAGAGCACUCAACACAGCAUCAUCGCUGUCGGCCAGACCGACGUCGACGGUGUGAUCAUGAUGGAUACGCAGUAUCGUGAGAAGGCGUACAAGCAGAAGGUUCAGAAGAUGGCGACGGCGUCGUCGACCACGCAGCUCUACGAGCCAGUCCACGAAUUCCAAUUCGAGCCAACCCAAACGCCAAUCCAGGUGCCACUUCGCUACGAUGAGAUGUCGGCGACGAUAGACAAAUCGCCGAUCGAGCGUAUGCCGUUCGCGUGUCCAGACUUCCAGCAGAUGCGUCUCGCGCGGACGAUGGGCGUCAAGAAUGCGCAGUUCUUGGUGGAGCAUCCCGAUCCACGGCACGCUGGAAAAUCGCCAGCGAUGAGCAGCUCGGCAAAGCAUAAGAUCACCGCCGUCCUCGACCAAGUCCAUGAAGGCGUCGUCGGCAUCGAGGUGGAGCCACGCGAUCUCAUCGUUAGCAUGGAUUUCUAA